CCUGUUCUGUGACUGCAGGGCUGAAAACUCAGCUUUGUAGGCAGAAGGCAAUACGUUGCAGUGAGGACAUUAGGGUGACCCGUCGCUUCUCUCAUCCUCCAAUAUCUCGCCAGGUUCUGCAGAAGGUGGAGAAGUAGAGAAGGCCAUUCAUGGUGUUCAUCGGUGAACUGCCCCAAGACUUUCUGCGCAUCACUCCCACCCAGCAACAGCAGCAGAUCCAGCUGGACGCCCAGGCUGCGCAGCAGCUGCAGUACAGCGGAGCCAUGGGUACCAUGGGCAGACUGAGCAUCACCGUGGUGCAGGCCAAGCUAGCCAAGAAUUAUGGCAUGACCCGAAUGGAUCCUUACUGCCGGAUACGUUUGGGAUAUGCAGUAUAUGAGACUCCCACGGCUCAUAAUGGAGCCAAAAAUCCUCGAUGGAACAAAGUGAUCCAGUGCACCAUCCCGCCAGGGGUGGAUUCUUUUUACCUGGAAAUUUUUGAUGAGAGAGCCUUCUCCAUGGAUGAUCGUAUAGCGUGGACUCACAUCACUAUCCCAGAAACGCUGAAGGAGGGCAAGGUGGUGGAUGAGUGGUUCAGUUUGAGCGGAAGACAAGGCGAUGACAAGGAAGGCAUGAUUAACUUGGUGAUGUCCUACACGUCGAUGCCUGCCACAAUGAUGAUGCAGCCUCAGCCGGUGGUGUUAAUGCCUACAGUUUUCCAGCAAGGCGUCGGCUAUGUACCCAUCGCGGGUAUGCCUUCUGUUUACAACCCCGGAAUGCCAGUGACUUUACCGCAACCUGCCGUAAAUCCACAGCACCAACCACGAGAAGAAGACCUAAAAGACCUCAUAGAUAUGUUUCCAGGCAUUGACCAAGAAGUCAUUAAAUCUGUUCUGGAGGGACAUCGAGGCAACAGAGAAGCUGCAGUCAACUCCCUACUCCAGAUGGUCGAAGACUCUUAGUGACAAUCUCGCCCAGCGGUUCCCCCCUCCCAUCCCUGCCACUGUCCUAUUUAACUUGCCAAGUUGGAAUCUCUUUUUAAUCUUAAUUUUUUUUAUUUUAUUCUUCUUUGACUCGAAUUGUUAUGUUUGGCUGUUCAUUGUGAGCUCUGUCAAUCUUCUCCACCACUUAGAGAUUUAUGGAUUCCUUUACAUUAUAAUUGACCCUACCCUACUGUCAUUACGUCAGCUCCUGAGCGUAUUAUACAGCUGCCUACUUAAAAUGGGAACGAAUGUUCAAAAGUGUAAAGAUAUUGGUAUUGGGACUCUUGAGAAGAUUUGUCCUAUGUGGAAUGUGAUCUGUAUUGUGCCGUAGUCAAAAUGAAUAUAAUAUGGCUGAAACCUG